AUGAUUUGCGCUGCCCCUUUCUCUGCGGAAUCACCAUGGCGGCUGGGACCCUGGACACGUACCCUGAAAACUGGAGGGCCUUCAAGGCCCUCAUUGCCGCUCAGUGCAGCGGGGCUCAGGUCCGCACCACCCCACUUCCAUUUUGGCCAAACCAACCGCACCCCCGAAUUUCUCCGUAAAUUUCCUGCUGGCAAGGUUCCAGCCUUUGAGGGUGACGAUGGAUUCUGCGUGUUCGAGAGCAACGCCAUUGCCUACUAUGUGAGCAACGAGGAGCUGCGGGGAAGUACUGUAGAGGCAGCAGUGCAGGUGGUGCAGUGGGUGAGCUUUGCUGAUAGCGACACAGCGCCACCAGCCAGCACCUGGGUGUCCCUACCCUGGGCAUCAUGCACCACAGCGAGCAGGCCACAGAAUGCAAAGGAAGAGGUGAGGCGAAUUCUGGAGCCGCUGGAUGCUCACUUGAAGACGGGGACUUUUCUGGUGGGAGAACGCAUGACGCUGGCUGACAUCACAGUUUUCUGCCCCCUGUCGUGGCUUUAUAAACAGGUUCUGGAGCCUUCUUUCCGCCGGGCCUUCCCUAACACCAACCGCUGGUUCCUCGCCUGCAUUAACCAGCCCCAGUUCCGGGCUGUCUUGGGAGAGGUGAAACUCUGUGAGAAAAUGGCCCAGUUUGAUGCUAAAAAGUUUACAGAGAGCCAGCCUAAAAAGGACACCCCAUGGAAGGAGAAAGGUUCUCGAGAAGAGAAGCCGAAGCCCCAGGCGGAGCGGAAGGAGGGCAAAGAGGAGAAGGCAGCCGCCCCUGCUCCUGAGGAGAAGCUGGAUGAAUGUGAGCAGGCGCUGGCUGCCGAGCCGAAGACCAAGGAUCCCUUUGCCCAUCUGCCCAAGAGUACCUUUGUGUUGGAUGAAUUUAAGCGCAAGUACUCCAACGAGGAUACGCUCUCCGUGGCACUGCCGUACUUUUGGGAUCACUUUGAUAAGGAUGGCUGGUCCCUGUGGUACUCUGAGUAUCGCUUCCCUGAAGAGCUCACCCAGACCUUCAUGAGUUGCAACCUGAUCACUGGAAUGUUCCAGCGAUUGGACAAACUGAGGAAGAAUGCCUUUGCCAGUGUCAUUCUCUUUGGAACCAACAAUAGCAGCUCCAUUUCUGGGGUCUGGGUCUUUCGAGGCCAGGAGCUUGCUUUUCCGCUGAGUCCAGAUUGGCAGGUGGACUAUGAGUCAUACACAUGGCGGAAACUGGAUCCCAGCAGUGAGGAGACCCAGACUCUGGUUCGAGAAUACUUUUGCUGGGAAGGGGCUUUCCAGCAUGUGGGCAAAGCCUUCAAUCAGGGCAAGAUCUUCAAGUGA